CAGAGCCUCGGGUCCGCCAGCAGCUCCUGAGGAUCCCGAAACCGCCCCCGAGAUGGAAGAGGACCAGGAGUUGGAGAGGAAAGCAAUAGAAGAACUGCUUAAGGAGGCAAAACGUGGGAAGACAAGAGCAGAAACAAUGGGACCUAUGGGUUGGAUGAAGUGCCCUCUUGCUGGUACAAAUAAAAGAUUUCUAAUUAACACAAUUAAGAACACAUUGCCCUCCCAUAAAGAGCAAGAGCAUGAACAAAAAGAGGGCAGUAAGGAACCUGCAAAGAGCCAGGCCCAGAAAGAAGAACACCCGAAGCAGCACCGAAGCCAUCCUUACAAGCACAGCUUCCGUGCCCGGGGCGCGGUCAGCUACUCCCCGCCGAGGAAGCGGAGCUCCCGGGACAAGCGCGAACAGCGGCCCAGCCGGCGGUGAGGCCGGCCCGGGGCGGCCAGCCGGUGGCCUCCGUGCUCACUGCAGCGCGGGGUGCGGAGAAGCUGCGGGGGACAGCGUUGGCUGGCAGGGCACACACCUGAGAGCGAUUUCUACAGGAGGUCCUUUGUUGUUUUUAAAGAGGCUGCUGGCAACAGGCAAAAAAAUUUACUGGGCGACUCUUCAAGGAAACCAGUACAAAGGAAGAUGUCUUGGCAAGUUUAAGCUACUUCAGCAGUGUUAGUAUACAUGUGUAUUGUUUUUAUUCUAUCUUGUUUGGAAGUCAGUUUCAAAAUAAGCAGAUCUAGAAUUUAAAAUGUUCAGAGAUUGUUAAAACUAGUUCCAAAUUUUUUUUGUCAUUUCUCAAAAUUUCUCAAAAAAUAAAAUACUUGUAAAUCUUA